UUUGAAUUUGAAUGUAGUGGCGUCCCCCUUUCCCACUAAGCCUGAAGGGCCUUGGCGAGCUCCUUCUCCUCCGAUUGGUUACCGGUCUCAUCCAGGGGAAGGGCUCACUCUUUCCUCUCUCCACCCCCCAGUCCCCCCAGUUUGGCGUCAAAACAGACUCCUCCUGCCGCGUUGGCUUCCGUUUUCGGAGCCUUUCGUUUACAGGAACACGUGUGGCGCGUACGCGUUCUUGUUUCGGACUGAUGGUGUCGGGAAAUUAAUUUAACAACCAACCAACCAACACCAAAAACCCCGUCAGGUUUGUACCUGGUCGUGCAGCGCAGCGCGGAGCGGAAGGGAGACGCGCUCGCCUCGUUGCCCAGUGCUGGGGUUAAACGGGGCCGGUUUGACACAUGGGUCGAGCCCAGACAUGGCCGGGCGUACGGACAGUGCGUUUCCCCCGAUGCUUUUCCCCCAGGCCUACAACACCGGGCCUCCGGGCAGGACCGCUGGCGUCCUGCCGGUUGUAGGCGGCUGGGGGGUCUACGGCCAGAUCCGGGGAGUGGACCGUCUUGUGCCGGAGAAUGCUGGCCUAGAGGGUAAGAUCAAGAUAGAAGCCCAACACAAAGUAAAAGGAGAGGAAUGGAGGCCGACAGAGCCCAUUGUAUGUCCCUUGCUGCCCCCGAAUUCAGAUUGCAAGAUUCCCUCAUCAGCUAACUCUCAUGCCUUAGACUUCCCAGAACAUUUGCGGAAUUUCUACCUGGAUAACCAUCAAGAUGCCUUUGGGACUAUGAGCCGUCUGUUAGAUGAACACUUCUAUUUUGGUUACGGUAAUCUACAGGGAAGUGUGAAGGAGAACACCAGGAGCAUGAGGACAAUGAUGGACUUUAUAGAAAAUGUUGGUUACCGAAAGUGUCCAUUAACCUAUGUCCAGAAGAGAGCGAGGUCCUACAGCUACCUGUUUGAUGAUGUGAUCUAUGACAUCCCUCCUGCUCUGCUGGGAGAGCUCCUCCAUGAGGAACUGAUGAUGCAGAGUGACAGAGAGCUGUUCCAGGAGGCGGCCACCGGGGGCGCUAUGGGGUACAUUCCAUUCGAAGAGACGGACGCCUCCCAGCAAGGCUACCUUGUGUAUCCCAGAAAGGCUGCCCUGAACCAUCUUUGUAUCCUCUUUCACGUCUGCCAAACUUAUCUGCCUCUUCUGAAAGUUGGAGGAGGUAGUAACCUCUUCUUGGAAGCGUUUGUGUGGCAAAGGAGUUUUAAAGAAGUAACGUGUCUCGCUGAGAGAAAAACAAAACAGGACACCAGACUGCACUUAAUCACCCAAUGGGAAUGUUUUUUUUUUUUCUGUGCAAGUACAGUUCACGACAUACUGUGCCUGCCUCGGCGCCUUAACUGCAAUGCCACAGAUUUCCACAAGGUGGUGCUGGAGUUCCAGGAAGAUGGCGGUCCUAGGCUUAGCGUCAGAAACAAGCCCGUGGAGUUCAAACUGAAUGGAACCAUCCGGCAGAUCAGCGCCGACUGUGUGCAGGAUCAAGGUCAGAGAAAUUCUCCCUGUUCCCUGUUGCUGCUCAAUUCAAAUCGAAAAGAGCAUCUUGUGCAGUUUUUGCUUUUCCAAACUGCAUUAAGAAGCAAAUCAUUAAGCAUGUCCAUCAUUUCAUUGGUCACCUUCUUUAUUCUUCAUGCCAGCAUCCCAAACUGUGCUCUAAAAAUGGGAAGUUCUUUGUCUGAAGCUUGGGGAUUUACAGGAAGUUCUUGUCAGUCUCCAGAACGUCACGGCCAGACUUUGUUUCGCAUUGGAGAGACUGCGGAGUGCAAGCAAAGGGAGAGAGUGAUUCUGCCCAGAUACCUCCGAGACGUCAAUGCCUACCACUACCUCAUUACCACACAGUAUUCUGCUUACAUUAUGGACGAGCGUUUUCCGGGUCUGCCCAUGAUCAAGUGGGAGCACAUGAUGAAGUAUCCGCCCAUGUUUACCCAAGUCCUUGCUGGGGCUCCCUGGGGCAGGAGCAGCAAAGUGUUGUUGGGCUCUCAGUGCUGUCAGGAGCUGAUGCUGCUACAGUAUUCUGGUGGCAGUCAAGCUGCGUGCCAGUCUCUGGGACCUCCGCAGAAGCUGUGUAACCCCCCUGACUGCCUGAAACACCUCCCCAUCCAGAUCCCUCACAGACAAGAGAGUGUGGCAGAGAGGUUACGAUCACCUGGCGCAGGCUUGGCGGCUUUGUACCAUAACCAAGGAAUGGAGUCCCUUUGUGUGCUCCAGUUGUCUGCAGCAGGAGACAUCUUCUACCAGAUGCUGAGACCAGAAUCGGACCCUGGAAGUGAAGACGUACCAAUAAGCACAGAGUCCACAGCAGAAGAGGCUGAGGAAAUGAGAGCUGAGACAGGGGAACCAAACUUGGACCACACCUCAGAUAGUGAUUUGGAUGAUACGAGGAGCGAAGCUCAAGAUGAUGAAACGGCGGUGCACCGAGUAGAUGUGAUGACUAAUCGUCAGGCGGGGCAGCAUCUUGACUCGGAAAUUCACUUGCAAGCAGACGGAGAGACUGGGGAGCCUGUUCCUGUGAACCGGACCGACUGUACCAGGAGUGUGCUGGUGGGUUCCAGGCCAGGGAGGAGCCCAACCAUUCCAGUGGUGGCCAGUAAGAAGGUCCUCAGUCGGUGGAAAAGGUGGAUGGCUGCCUUGUUUGACAUGGCAGAGCGGGCUCCUCGAGAAACUAAUUCUCUCUGGGUAGUAAGCACCAAGAAGCUCAUGUCCUCCAGGGCUUUCAGAAAACACGCUUCUGAGGACGGCAGGUACGAGGAAGUGAAGAGGGAGCUGAAGGAGACCAUGAGGAGUAGAGGUGUACUCCAAGGCAGCCGCACGCACCUGAAGGCCCUGGAGAGAGUCCCCCUUCCAGAGGCCGUGGCCCCGUUAGACUGGGGAGAUGACCUGAGCCGUCGGCUCACCGUGGCCUGGGAGGGCAGAUGGAAUAACUGGUGGGUCGAGAAGCUGGGGCUGAACCGCGACCAGAAGAUCAUGGCCCUGCGCCAGAAACGGAAGAGGCAGAAGGAGUCCAGGGCCAGGCGACGACCGGCUCUCCCCGCGAGCUUCACCUCUUCGGUAGGCUAUCAGUCCGACUUGGACGACCGUAUGAGCUGGUGCUCCGCCACCAGCAAUUUCGGAGAUGGUCAGAGUGUGGCCUCUUCAUCUGCCAUCCAAAGUCUUUCUGCGCAAGAGGAUGUGCUUCCAGCAUCUCGUGGCACAAAGGAGAGAACCCCGGUCUUGUCCGCGCCUAGUCAGAGCGAGGGACCUGAAGCGAAAAGUUUGUCCGAUUCCUCAGUUUCCUCGCGGGUGCCACGUUUACCCCCAGGCAAUAAGGUGGUGGCGCCUCCAGACGAUCCCGAUGAACCAGAUGCUGGAAGCUUUAGUACUUUAGGGUCUCCUCGGCCAACAGGUAUCCUAAAGCCUUCAGGCUCAUUUGCUAGGAGUGAACAGGAAUGGGUCCCGGGUCACGGGUCUCAGAAUUCCCAACCCGCAAGGAAAAACGAUUUGUUCUCCUCACCUACCUCAAGGCCAGCAACUCAAGGGAUGCUAAAAAUGACGAAUCAGGAAGCGGUAGAGGAAAAUGGCUUUUCCUUCCUCUUGUCCCCCACUUCACAGACAUUCAACAUUUCCUCUACACAGACGCAUCCCUGCGUGAUGCCGUCUUCUCAAAGCUCCGUACGGUCUUCACAGCCUAAGAAGAAAAGGUCACGCAUGGGCUUCUAACUUCUGAAAGACCCCAAAUAAGUCAUGUCUUUUCUUGAAGUAUCUUUAAGCAUUAGUACUCCUGCUGAGCAAGAGUGGAUUAAGACUUAGUGAUUAAAAAAGGAAGACUAAAUGAAAGCCAACCUGUUCUGAUGAUAUUCAUAAUUCUCAUUUUUACUUGCGUAGUAACUGGUACAUAUGCUUUGUGCUAAAACAAACUUCGAUGUAAAAAAUGGUUUACAUUAACUCAGGUGAUGGUCAGAAAAGGAAAAAUAAAACUGUGAAGGAAGAGA